AUGCCGUCGAAACGCUCGCCUAAGAAGACGAUGGCGGCGUGGGUCAGCGACCUCGAGUCUCAGCCGCCCGCGCCGCCGAAGUCGCCGCCGCGCGCGCGGCGCGAGAAAGAAUCAUCGCGCGCGGGGGCGACGUCGUCGUCGUCCGUCGCGUCCGCGCGCCCGUCCGCGCUGACGAGCCCGGUGCGCGCGUCCCGCCCCGGCGGGUUCGCCGCCGCGGAGGCCGCCGCGGCCGCCGCGCAGACCGCGCACGAGGAAGAGAAGCGCGCGAGAGCGGCGCGGAUCGAGGCGAACAAGAGGGACCUCGCCGCGCGGACGCGCCUCCCGCGAACUGGCGCGCCCCCGAAGGAGAGCGCCGCGUCGUCGACGCAUCAAACCCAAUCGAAGCGGCCGUCCGCGCCCGCCGCGGCGGCGUCGUCCCCCGCGAAGACGACGACGACGACGACGAAGACGAAGACGAAGCCGGCGCUCCCCCCGCGGUCGCCGACGAAGCCGUCCGCCCCCGUCGCCACGGUGACGCGCCACCCGGUGACGCGUUCCCCGGCGAAAAACAACGCGGACGGUCGUCGCGCGCCGUCUCCGGCGACGAUCGCCUCCGACGCGCGCGCCGCCAACGUCCUGUGGGACCGCACCGCGCGCGCGAUGCGAACCGCGCACGACGCGCUGGACGAGGCGGCGUUCGCGGUGUUGCACGACGGGCCGAACGUCGCGGCGGGGACGCCAGGAUUCGGCGCCGGCGGCAUCGGCGGCGGCGCGGACCCGAAGUCGUCCCACGCCGCCGCCGCCGCCGUCAGCGGCGCGACGCGGAAAAAGAUCGCGUCGCGCGCGGCGGUGAAAAUUAAAGCCGCGAGGGACGAGCUGAACGACCUCUUCGCCGGGUUCAACGAACUCCGCAGGCACGGCGACGCGCUCGCGGACGCGCUCGCGCGAAGCGAGGGCGGGUACGCCGACGUCACGAAGCAGCUCGCGAGCGUCGCCGGAUACGCCGAGGAGACGACGCGAGCGCUUCGAAAAAGCGCCAAGGAAAAAACCGACGUGUCCUCCGAGCUCGCGGAGACGAAAGCCGCGCUGGACCAAGCGAACAACCACGUCAAGCAGCUCACGCAGCGCGUGGAUCUCGAGGCGACGAACGCGCGCGAGCUCGCGCGGUGGAAGGUGGAGGCUGCGGAGGGACGGAAGCACUCCGCCGCGUUCGAGGCGAUGCGCGACGCCAACGCGCGGCACAAGGAGGCGGUGGCGAAGCUCACCGCGGAUAACAUGGUGUUUCUGACGCGAAUGCGCGAGUCCGAGACGGAACUGAAGACGCUCAGGGAGGAGACCGCGGGGAUGCGCGGGGAGGUGGAGGAUAAGCGCGGCGUGUGGUUCGACCGCGCGAGGAAGGAUGUCGAGCGGGUGGUGCAAAACGCGAUGAAGAGGGCGGAGGACGCGGAAGCCGCGCUCGAGGCGGCGACGGGCGCGUCGGAACAGCGCGUCGAAGAGUGGACGAAGACGCUCGAGAUGACGCGGACGAAGCUCGAAGAGACGCUGAAAGAGAACGACGCGCUCGCGAUGAAAGCCGCGGAGGCGAUGAACGCGGAGAGCGACGCCGCAGCGGCGUUGCGGCAGUCCGAGAGCGAACUUCGAGACGCCGUCGACCGCGCCUCGGAGAGCGCGCACGCGGCCAAGGCGGCGACGGACGCGAUGGCGGCGGCGCGCGAGGAGCUCGGCGUGCUGCGGAUGGAGCACCGCCGCGCGCGCGAGGAACUGCAACUCGCGGAGGGCACGGUGCGAGACAACGCGAAGGAGCUGAACAAGUGGAGGGCGGUCAACGAGGGCGUCAUGCGAUCGAAGAACGAGAUGGAGUGGCGCAUGCUGGAGAUGCAAGCCGCGUUCGAACGCGCGGGGUUGUCGUUCAUCCCGGGCGAAGGCGCGGGGUCGGGGUCGGGGUCGGGGUCGACGCCAGCGCCGGCGCUGAGCCCGCUGCCGCCGAGCCUUCAUCGCACGCCCGAACCCGUCGUCGUCGCGGGCGGCGGCGGGUUCAAACGCGAACGCUCCAACCCGGAGCUCGAAGCCGCGAUGCACCUUCGUCGGUCCGUCGUCGACCUCGGAGACGACGACGACGACGACGACGACGGUCGCGACGAGGCGAUCAGCGAGACCGUCACGCCCGUGGGUUUGACCGCGCCGAGCGGCGUCGAGCGCGCCGCGAAGACGGCGUCGAAGACGGGCACGGCGGCGCCGUUGAUUGGAAAGGCGACGACGAGGGGGGGGUACGGCGCCGCGAACAAGACGCCCGCGGUGAAGUCCCCGAAGAAAUCCGCCGCCGCCGCCGUCGCCGCCGCCGCGGAGGAGGAGGAGGAGGAUGUUCUGGAGAAGGCCAAGGAGCCGGAGAAGGCGAAGCCCGGGAGGAGAGGGCGCGGGAAGAACGUCGCGAAGGUUGUCCCGCCGCCGCAGCAGCCGUCGAAAAAGGAAAAGAAGGCGGCGGCGGCGAAGGAAGCCGCGCCCAAGAAGCAGAAGACGUCGCGAGACGACGGCAGCGAGAGCGAAGAGCCGCACCGUCCGUACCAGCGACUGCACGACGACGAGGCGGAGGCGGCGGGGAGCUCCCCCGGGCCGGAGUUCCCGCCGCUCGCCGCCGACGACGGCGACGGAGGCAAGAAGAAGAAGAAGAAGUAUUCCGACGACGCGACGUCGCUGUCGCCGCCGCCGCCGAGCGGCGCCGCGAAGGGGAUCAAAUCCUCGCUCGCGCGCGCCGCCGCGUCCGCCGCCGCGUCCGUCGGCCGCGCCGCGUCCAACGCGUCAUCGGAGACGAACGACGACGGCGAUCUCUUCGGCGGCGGCGGCGGCGGCGCGCGUUCGUCGCCGAGCGCGGGCAGCGCCGACGCGGCGGCGGAGGCGCGCGAACGCGCGUGGAUGGAGGCGACGAUGGAGCGCGCGCGCCAAGCCGCGGGCGGCGGGUUCGUGAAACGCGUCAACGCGGCGAAGUGGGGCGGGGCCGACGACGACCUCGACGGUCACGCCGUCGUCGACGAGCGCGUGUUUCUCGAAGCCGCGGCGCGGACGACGCGCCGCCGCGCCGAGGAAGCCACGGCGACCGCGACCGCGACGGCCGCGCCCGCCGCCGCGCGCCCGGCGAGCGCGAGGUCCCUGGCGAGCGCGACGUCCUCCGAGGCGGCGCAGAGCGGCUUCGGGUGGAUCGGCGGGCACCCCGGCGCGAGCGCGCACACGUCCGUCGCCGCGCUCGACGGCGGGGACACCUCGGACGAGGACCGUAGGGCGCUCGCGGAGGUGAGACUGCUUCCCGUACGACCCCGUUCGCGUGGUGCACGCCGUUCCUUGAGGACUUUUCUCGUCGCCACUCUUCACCCGCGCUUCCCUUUCAACGUUUGACCGGUAAGACGUUCGACUGACCGAUCGCUUCACCCACGCAGGGCCGCGCGCCGCGCGUCCCGUAUUUCGGCGGCUCGUCCUCCGACGACGAAAACGAAAACGACGACGGCGCCGCGAUGAGCCCGCGCGGGCCGCGCGUGGACGCCGCGCGGCACGUCCCGGGGGUCGGGUUGCUGUCCAGCGGGAGAAUCGGCGCGUCGUACGGCGCCGUGGACGAGGGCGGCGACGCCGGGGCGCGCGCGCGCGGCGGCGGCGGCGGCGGCGACGGCGUUCGAUUCGCCAAUGCGUUGCCGAAUUUCGAGGGGCUCUCCCGGGACGAGAUCGUCGCGCGCGCGAUGUCGAACGUCGACGCCGCGAUCGAGCUCGCGGAGCAGCGAAGACGCGAAGGCGGAGGGGACGGGCGGGAGGUCACGGGGUUCAGCUGGGCCGAAGCCGUGGAGAGGGAGCUCGGCGGCGGGAGCGGGAGCGGGAGCGGCGGCGGCGGUGGCGGAAACGGAUCCGGAGGCGGCGGCCAAAAAGUCACCUUCUCCAACGCGUUGCCGCGGGUUCGAUGAGCGCGGAGCGUCGAUCGAUCGAAUCGCACGCUUCUUAGUUUUAAAAAAUAAUGAUGUCAUCCUC